ACUCCCGGUCGAUAUCUAGCUGUAUCGAUACAGGUAACACAGCCUCCACUAAUCGCAACGAGAAAGCACAUACCGACAAUACAAGGCCUAUUGCUCUAGAACAGUAAGCAUGGCGAAUACCAUACCCCUCAACUUCCGGGUCGCAAGGCCUGAGGAUGCCCCGAAACUUCAACAGCUCGUGCAAGCCGCCUUUCGCGCAGAAGACAGCCGGGCAGACUGGACGGCGGACAUGAGACUCGGACGAUCGUUCCACUACUCUGUCGAGGAAGUCUUGACAACCAUCAACAACCCCGACGCAGCGAUCAUCAUGGCCUCGGACCAGAAUGGUGUGCUCCUAGGAUCGAUUGGAAUCAUCAAGUGCAACGACAGCCUUGCUCGUUUUGCCAUGCUUUCCGUUGACCCGGAACAGCAGCGCGGAGGCAUCGGGCGUCAGGUCCUCACCUACGCCGAGGACUUUGCCCGGAACUGGAACUUGAAGACUUUCGGGCUGAAUGCGCUUUCGUCGCGCGAGAAGCUCGUUGAGUGGUACGAACGCUGCGGGUACAAGAAGUCGGGCGAAACUUCUCCGUUCCCAGUUGAUCGAUUCCACCAACUGGAUUUGCCGAAGGACUUGUGUUUUGUUGAACUAGAAAAAGACACUGUAGCUGGGGAGCUCGUGGUUUGACGAAGCUGAGAGUCGCUUCGGGACACGACCCUAGGCAUCAAAAGGGUAUACCCAUGGCGGGAAAUCACGGGGCCAACUUUGUGAGAAUGGAAACGUAAGCCGUUAACCGUCCAAAAGCAUCCUUGAUCGUAAUGUUAGCAAUCUUAAGAUGAUA